AUGAGGAAUCCAGGAGGCGAUGAUAUGAGCAGCAUGACCAAGGCCACUGUGUCUUCGGGUGGUGUCGGUAAUAGCCGCACGCAGCAUAAGACCAAACAGGAAUGGAUUUUCCCCGUGCUGGCGGUGAUCCUCAGUGCGGUUGUCGUGGCAGUUAUCGUUGGUGCAACCAUGAACAUCGAUUCAGGUAAUGUGGGCACUGUGGAAGGAUCAGGAGGGGAAGAAAUGGCACUUUCGACCACAGAGGCGCCUUCAGUCUUUGUUUCAUCUGACAUUGAAAAUUGGAACACCAUUGUGCCUUCUACCGGUACUACUGCGGACUCCUCGGAUACCAGCAGCACCGGUACUGAUCAUCAUGAUCAGGAUCAGGUGGACAUGAAUAGCAAUGUCAAUGCCAAUGUCAAUAUCAAUAUCAAUAGUACUAUUACUAGCAGUGCCGGUACCAAUGACAAUGACAAUGACACUGGCAACGCUGGUACUGGCGAAACUGCAGCACCAACGAGUCCCCCCACCAUGAAACUAAACACCUUGUCUCCCACCAUCUCCAUCACUAGUAGCACUGCACCUGAAACCAGCCUGCCAACCUCCAGUCCAUCCACUGCAAGCCCUACAAAUGAUCCCACUGCCAAACCAACCUUCUCACCCACCAAUGCGCCCAGUCUUCCUCCUACCGAUACUGACACACCUACUAGUACGCCCACGCCGGAACCCUCCACUCAGGCUCCUACUGCACAGCCCACAGCAGCUCCAACCACCAGCAGCCCAUCUGUUGCUCCCACCACUAUGGAAGUAGUUCAAAUCUUUGGAACCGACUACGAGGUUGCCAGCACGGAAGUAUUGAGUUUGUCCGGUCAAGGCAUUGGUGGUUCCAUUCCGACAGAGAUUGGUCGUUUGACUGGCUUGACCUUUGCAUUUCUUGAAGACAACCAGCUGACGGGGCAGUUGCCAUCAGAGAUCGGUCUACUAACCUCGCUGUAUGCUUUGAACCUGUACAUGAACGAGCUCACAGGAACGAUUCCUGCAGCAGCAUUGGCAACGCUGACCGAUUUGACCAUGUUGAGUUUGAGCAGCAAUCCCUUUUCACCAGGAACGAUUCCGUCCACCGAGAUUGGCUUGCUGACAUCCCUGACACAUUUGGGUUUGUCCAAUGCCCAACUCACAGGCCCCCUUCCCUCGGAACUUGGCUUGUUGACAAGCUUGACUGGGUUGUGGCUCAAUCAGAACCAACUUGGUUCCACAAUCCCCACCGAACUAGGAAUGCUCUCGACUAUGUUGGAGUCUCUGUGGCUGUUUGACAACAACUUGACAGGUGAAAUCCCGUCGGAAGCAGGACAAAUGAAAGCUCUCAAGUACGUACGGUUGUAUGAGAAUGAGCUCUCUGGGCAGGUGCCUGCUGAGAUCGCCAUGCUUUCCAAUUUGUCCGUCUUGAGUGUGUCGGACAAUCGCUUGCAAGAUGGGAUUCCAUCCAACAUUUGCUCAAUCCCCAAUCUUGAAGCCAUUUGGGUGGAUUGCUCCCCCUCUCCAUUUCCAGUCGAGUGCUCCUGUAGUCAGUGUGUCUGUGCCUAG